AUGCGACGGCCCAUUUGCGGUCUCUGUCAGCGGACGGGCAAUAUCUGCACCUUCCCCAACAAGCGCAAUAGUAAGGCCAGGGGAAAUCGACCGAAUCAGCAGAGCCAGACCUUACAGGACCGAGUGUCUCGAAUCGUCAACUGGUUGGAGUCGAAUCCAGAAGUCUUGAAACAGAUCCAACAGGGACAGAGCCUCCAAGACCCAGCUUCACCCUUCUCCGCCGGACUGUUGAAAAUCCUGACCAGUUCUGAAAGUGCUCUUGAAAAUACUCUCUUUUCGAAUAUCGGCCAGCCGACAGCGUAUCCAUCCAACGGCACUACGUUGCCGCCGCCUGCCAAUGGCGCUGGAACUCCUCAAUCGACGACCUCGCCCCUGAGAGCUCAACCCGACGAGCUGUUGGCAAAGACGUCCCAGGCAAACAAUUGCCCAAUCUCGUACGACGACGCUAUGUCUUUGAUGAAAGUGUUUUUCGAGCAGAUUCAACCGUGUCUACCACUCCUGCAUGGACCGCGCUUCCGUGCCCGCUACUCAGACCGCCUCUCGCAUUCUUCUUCAAAUCAGCCUGGGGCAGAUUGUCUGGAUGGUCUCGAGCUAGAUGAGAAGCUUCUCCUCUGUAGUAUGUUCAGUUUGAGCGCGCAAGAAGCGCCAGCGAGCUUGUCGGAAACCAGUCCAAUCUCAGGGCACCCCGAAUGUCUGCGUCACCGUGCUCACCAAUUCUACAACGACGCGAAGAACAUGAACCCGACAUUAACAUACCUCCAGGGGUGUAUAGUACAGGCUUUCACCUUGUACACCUCGGGCUUUUCCGCGCAGGGCUGGAUCUUGGUUGGCGUUUGCGUUCGCCUGGCCUACGAACUGGGGCUAUCCGAGAUCGACGACGCUGACAAUCCUUUCACAGCCUCCAAGGACUGGGUGGAAGUAGAAGAGCUCCGAAGAGCCUGGUGGCUAGUUUGGGAGCUGGACACCUUCGGCUCUUCUGUCUUCAAGAAGCCCUUUUCCGUUGACCGGCAGCAGUUUACAGUGAAGCUGCCCAUUUCCGAUCGGUUCUGGUUCAACGAACAACCAUGUGCUUCCGCUCUGCUGCUCACACGUCCAGGCCAGCCAUGGAAAUCCCUUGAAAAUUGUGAGAACCAGAGUGAGAGAGCUUGGUUCUUGAUCGCCAACCACCUCCUCUCAGUAGCGUAUGGCUACUGGAAAGGAAAGCAGGGAAUUUCGACUACCGAAAAGGCCAUUCUCGAAAACGAUAUCAGCUGUCUCAAGUUUGCAUUACCACGAAAGUUCGACAUUGUUACCCAGGCCUUGUGCUGGGACGAAACUAACUACGUGGAGAACAAUUGGAUCCUUGGAACUCAACUAUUUAUCGCCUCCGCGACCUUUAUGAUCUCCGCCACCAGUGUGAACGACUUCGUACGCUCAAACAACUCCUCACCGAGUGGGAUGGAUAUAGACUCGGCCUUGAUUGAACGCACCUUCUCAAUAUCACGGAUCCUGAGUCGCUGGGCGCCUGAGUACAUAGGCCGUGCUCACCCAUUUCUGCCAUGUUCUCUCAUGCCACCAUCUAGGCCGUGGCCUCGGCUGCACACCGAACCAGCAUUGUGCCAAUCCACUGAAGAUCUAACGACGCUGGCCUUGAAAAGAUUUGCAGAGAGGUGGAAGCUGGCAUCAUCCAUUCUGGAUAUCCAAAGGAUUGUGCGCAAAGGUUCUCCCCUUAGCUCCGACGAGUUUGCGCUGGCCAGACGCUACGCCAUCUUCUUUCCAACUCUGAUGACGUUGGAUGUGACCACGGGUUCGUCGGACGGCCAGAUCCCAGCAAUUCCGCAGACUCAGGAAUUGCAAACGGUAGAGCAAGUGUCUCCCCCGGGGUUUCAGCAAGGAGUGGUAGCUUUACCAGCUUCCACUAUGUCUAAUCCCGGAGAGAUGGCUUUUCCUGGCCUGUCUCCAUUCAGCAUGGAUAUGUUCCCCAUGGAGUGGGAGAAAUUCCGCGAAACAUGGGCCACCGAGCUUUCGUGAGCGGACCUACCUGGGAUGGAAGAUUGUCUUAUCAUAUCUACAGCCGUUAACGGCCCUCUUUCCUCCCUCAAGUUGGAGACACACAAUGUGCAAAUAUCCAUCAUUGACCUACUUUGCAAGGUAUGCGAC